CUGGAGUACUUGUCUUCUGGAGUACUUGUCUUCUGGAGUACUUGUCUUCUGGAGUACUUGUCUUCUGGAGUACUUGUCUUCUGGAGUACUUGUUUUCUAGAGUAGACGUCUUUCUGAAUAACUGUAUGAGGGUGAUGUUGGGGAUGAACAGUUUAGGAACUCUGGUAAACCCUCUUCAAAUCGAGAGCCCCACAGGGAAAGAGAGGGAAGUCCCUGAUUUUAAGAGAAGUCUCUAA